UGGAGCGAAAAUCAAAAACAAAAAAAUCCAAUCUACGUAUUUGCCCCCAGUAUCUAUUCCUAAUUUCGCAAGCAGGUCAACCACUAACAUUUGCUUCCUUUACACGCUGGGCUUGGAUCGUAAAUAAAUCCAAAAGAAAAGGGUAGUUUCGUCACAUGACAUUACACACACACUUCAAGCUCCCACAGUAAUGACGUCCUGACGGCUGCGCGCCUCAACGAAACCGCCACCUGUUUCGCGCUUUUCCUGCAUAUUUUCCCGGAAAAUUCGUGUCAUUCCGUUAGGGAAAACGAGAGAGAGAGAGAGAGAGAGAGUGAGAGAAAAAAACUUCUUCUGAGAACUUUGCUAAGCUCGCCGGAAAUGGCGAUCCCCGAACCCGACCGCCGCCGAGCCAGGGCCGCGAAUCCGGCGAGGGUACCGCUCCGGCGGCUUCUCCGCGUGGCGUCAGUGGCCGCUGGGAUUCAGUUCGGCUGGGCUCUGCAACUCUCUCUCUUGACCCCUUACGUGCAGGAGCUGGGGAUUCCUCACGCGUGGGCGAGCGUGAUAUGGCUCUGCGGACCGCUCUCAGGCCUUCUCGUCCAGCCUCUGGUCGGCCUCAUGAGUGAUCGAAGCACGAGUCGCUUUGGUCGCCGGCGGCCGUUCAUCGUCGCUGGAGCGCUCUCGAUCCUCGUCGCCGUUCUGAUCAUCGGCCACUCCGCGGACAUCGGGUGGUUUUUCGGCGACCGCGGGCAGGUUCGGCCGAGGGCUGUCGUGGCGUUCGUGAUCGGGUUUUGGAUUCUUGACGUCGCCAAUAACAUGACUCAGGGUCCUUGUAGAGCUUUGCUUGCUGAUCUUACUGGGAAGGAUCAUCGAAGAACUCGAGUGGCAAAUGCUUAUUUCUCUCUGUUUAUGGCUGUUGGUAACAUUCUUGGAUUUGCUACUGGAUCGUUCAGUGGCUGGUAUAAGAUUUUUCCUUUUACCCUUACCUCCGGAUGUGGCAUUAAUUGUGCAAAUCUGAAGUCUGCAUUCUUUCUCGACAUACUGUGCAUUGCGGUUACAACAUUUCUAAGUAUAUCUGCAGCUCAGGAAGUUCCUCUAGGUUCAAACGACAGAGCCACACCCUCAAUAGAAGAAGGGCGUGGAGAAUCUAACCCUGCUCAAGAAGCUUUUCUUUGGGAACUAUUCGGUACUUUCAGAUAUUUCUCAGGGCCUAUCUGGGUAAUCCUUUCUGUCACUGCUCUUACCUGGGUUGGAUGGUUUCCAUUUUUUCUCUUUGAUACUGAUUGGUUUGGAAGAGAGAUCUAUGGUGGAGAGCCAAAUGAUGGGAAAAACUACAGUACUGGAGUUAGAAUGGGUGCCCUUGGUCUUAUGGUGAAUUCAGUUGUUCUUGGAAUAACAUCACUUCUCAUGGAGAAGCUCUGUAGGAAGUGGGGCUCUGGUUUCAUAUGGGGAAUCGCAAACAUUGUCAUGGCUCUUUGCUUUCUUGCAAUGCUUGUUGUCACAUAUGUUGCCAAAAAAGUUGUCUUUGUAGGUGAUGAUUUACCUCCGAAUGGAAUUGUAAUAGCUGCAAUAUUGAUUUUUGCAAUUCUUGGGUUUCCAUUAGGG